AUGCAUUUCCCCAUCCUCCUCCUCGGCGCCUCUCUCGUCUCAGCCCAAUACUCCCAGCCCUACGGCCCCAGCCAAGACCAACUCGACUUCAUGGAACACAUCAACGAACACCCGAACAGCAACCUGCCCAACCCCCACAACGGAAACUACAACGGAGAGAUUUACAAAGACCACGAUAACUAUGAUAUCACCGUCUCGCGCCCCCACGUCCAAGCCCAGCCUCCAGCUCCUAUGGUCCACAACACCUUCGUCGUGCGCCCUUCCCCAGCACCCAUUGCACGGCCACAGGCCCAGCUCCCGGCUCAAGCACAGCAUCCCGACCAGCAGACGCCGCAGAAGAAAAACCAAGCCCGUUCUGCGGAUUUCAUCCCGCGGGAUAUGCCAGCUGGCGCGGUGGGCAAGGUAGCUCCGGUUGACCCGCUGAAGCCCGGUUGGCACACUGCGCCGGGGCCUUUCGAUAGGCCGCCACAGGGCAGGGACGAGGGUAAUACCUUCUGCUUUGGGCAGUGUUAUGCUGAUGAGAGUCAGUUGGAGUGCUCGAAGUCUUAUGUGAGUUUUGGUUGA